GGGAGGCCGGUAUCAGUAGCUUCUGAAACACUUACCUAAACAUGAACGCAAAGGUCUUCAUUCUUCUGGGUCUGGCAGCCAUUGCUGCUGCAGACAGCUUUGAGUCCUAUGAAUACAGGCCACCACAGAGACGUUCCUCUGAGGAAUCCUACGAGUCCGGCGAAGCCAAGUACGACUUCCAAUGGGCUGUCGAUCACGAAGACUCCGGCAACAACUACGGACACCAGGAAGCCCGUGACGGCGAAGACACUCAGGGAUCCUACUACGUGCACCUCCCCGACGGCCGCCUGCAGACCGUGAGAUACGUCGUAGACGGUGACGACGGCUACGUGGCUGAGGUCAACUACGAUGGCGAGGCUCGUUUCCCCGACUCCUUCGAGUCCGCUUCCUUCGAGUCCCGCGAAUACAGGCCACGAUACGUCUAUGACUCCAACGAGUCCAAGUAAAGAGUCGUUCAAGGCAGACCCGUUUUGUAAAGCACGAGAAACUAUUUAUGUAUUUAUAAAUAAACUUGCAUAGUAAAAUGAA